CAGGCUGGCGUCCAGAUGGGAAACGGAUGCUGGGAACUGUAUUGCCUGGAGCACAGCAUUCUGCCGGAUGGGACCAUCCCCAGCACCAAAGCGCUGAGCCAAGCGGAUGCUUCGUUUGAGACCUUUUUCUGCAAAACGGGGGCAGGAAAACACGUUCCCAGAGCUGUGUUUAUAGAUCUGGAACCAACAGUCAUAGAUGAAAUCCGCUGUGGGACGUAUCGCUCCCUCUUCCACCCGGAGCAGCUGAUCAGUGGCAAAGAAGAUGCUGCCAACAAUUACGCCCGGGGCCACUACACCAUUGGAAAAGAAAUCAUUGACACCGUCCUGGAUAGGAUUCGCAAAAUGGCAGAGCAGUGCAGUGGCCUCCAAGGUUUUCUGCUCUUCCAUAGCUUUGGAGGAGGCACAGGGUCAGGAUUCACGUCUCUCCUGAUGGAAAGGCUUUCAGUGGAUUUCGGGAAGAAAGCCAAGCUUGAGUUCUCAGUAUAUCCUGCUCCACGGAUUUCUACUGCCGUGGUGGAGCCCUACAACUCCAUCUUGACUACUCACACCACCCUGGAGCACUCAGACUGCUCCUUCAUGGUGGACAAUGAAGCCAUCUAUGACAUCUGCAACCGAAAUCUGAACGUUGAGCAGCCCACCUACCUCAACCUCAACCGGUUAAUUGGACAGAUUGUGUCCUCCAUUACAGCUUCCUUAAGAUUCGAUGGAGCUUUGAAUGUUGACCUCACAGAAUUCCAGACCAACCUGGUGCCAUACCCCCGCAUCCACUUCCCCUUGACCACCUACGCUCCAAUCAUCUCAGCUGAAAAGGCCUACCACGAGCAGCUCUCUGUGCCAGAGAUCACCAACACCUGCUUUGAGUUCUCCAACCAGAUGGUGAAGUGCGACCCUCGCCGGGGCAAAUACAUGGCUUGUUGCCUCUUGUACCGGGGAGACGUUGUGCCGAAGGACGUCAACGCAGCAAUUGCAGCCAUUAAGACCAGGAGAUCCAUCCAGUUUGUUGACUGGUGCCCAACCGGCUUCAAGGUAGGCAUCAACUACCAGCCCCCCACGGUGGUGCCCGGAGGGGACCUGGCAAAGGUGCAGCGGGCCGUCUGCAUGCUGAGCAACACCACGGCGAUUGCCGAGGCCUGGGCCCGGCUGGACCACAAGUUCGACCUCAUGUACGCCAAGCGGGCUUUUGUGCACUGGUACGUGGGGGAGGGCAUGGAAGAAGGCGAGUUUGCCGAAGCCCGGGAAGACCUGGCAGCCCUGGAGAAGGAUUAUGAAGAAGUUGGGAGGGAUUCUGACACUUACGGCUCUGAUGCAGAAGAUGACCAAGAAUACUGA